UGCUCCUGCCGUCGUGCGUGGCAGUCUUCUCUUCUCCACUAGUAGGGCUCUAGGGGGCAAAGGCGUCAGCUUCCCACUCCAGUCCUUCCGGUUUUCUAGGGUUUAAAGAGCCCGCCGUGCGCCGGCCCAGCCAGAGCCCACUACUUUCCGCCGUCGCCGGAGCCGACCCCUCCGUCUCCGCGCGCGGCAAUGGCAUUCUCCUUCGCCUCGCCGCCGGCUUCGAACCCCUUCCAGACGCCGGCCGCGUCGAAUCUCUUCCAGACGCCAGCUGCGUCCAACCCCUUCCAGACGCCGGCGGCGCCGAAUCCGUUUCAGACACCGGCUCCGGCCACCUCGCAGGCGCCGUCCCUAUCGCCCUCGCCGUUCCAGUUCAGCUUCCAGCAGCAGCAGCCACAGCCGCAGCCGCAGCAGCAGGUGGCGCCGGCGGCGCAACCUCAGCAGCCGCAGCCACAGCAGCAGAAGCUGAUGCUGUACACGACGGAUAUGAAACCCGCGGGGUACAACACCAAGUGGGAGGAGCUGCACGCCGAGUCGCAGAAGGCUUUGCUCCAGAUCGAGGACAAGAUACGGGACUACAGAGACGAGAGUGAGAGGUUGGAUCAGUGCAGUCGCCUUUAUGACUCCUCAAUCUCGAAUGUCAAUUUUGAGAUUGAUGCGAAUCGCAUUGCUCAGGAACUUGGAGGGACCACCACUGUAAUGGAGAGAGAGAAGGCUUCCAUUCAAGAGUUGAUGACUGUUGUCAAUGAAAUGAUGUGGAACACAGAAUUUGCUAUUAGGUCAUAUCUGAUGUUGAGGCCAAGAUUCACCCGUCCAGGUGCUGGAGUUGCAAAUGGUGGUUCUUCAAAUCCUUCUUCUGGUGCUCCACCCAAUCAGCCAGUGGUAGAUUUCUACAGUGGAGUCCCAAAGCGUCCUUCCAUUUUUAUGCAGCGAACUGUCAACAGGUUUGAGUGCUAUCUUGCGGAGUGUUGCAAGUGGAUUGGUGAGCUAGAGCAGCUGGUUCAAAUGGAGACAAAUAAAAGAUCAUCAGAUUCUUUAGAAUCUCUUCCAAAAGUUAUGUCAAAUGUGCAUGAUUACUUCAUUUUUGUUGCUUCUAAGGUGGAAAAUCUUCAUCAAUAUGUUGAAUCAAUGAAAACUGAAUAUCUUAAUGCACAACGCCGCAUUGGUAAUGGGAGCGAUCCAUUUCUGGAGGCAAACAGACGAGAAGCAGCUAAACAAGAAGCAGCUGCCAGAAGGGUCCAUCCAACACUGCAUUUACCUACCCCUGCGCAGCCCAUGGCACAAAUCGCUGCACCAGCUACAACUACAAGCCAACCGCAGCAAUCUUCCUUUCCAUCUGCUGCGACUUCCUCAAGUGCCUUGUCAACCUUUAGCACUCCGGCUUCUGCUCCAUCUUCAUCUAGUCUCUUUGCAACUCCAACAACUCCAGCUCCAUCAGGCAACCUUUUUGGUGCAUCUGGAUCGGCUCAGUUGACCACACCAUUUGGGACAGCCUCCACUCCUACAUUAACAUCAACACCAGCUCCUGGAUUUGGGACUAGCACUACAUCUUUGGGUGGAACAUCUCUAUUUUCUACACCAUUCGGAGGUGGAGCUACCGCUUCAGGUUCCAGCUUUGGUGGGGCAACGAAAGGAAGGUCGAAGCCCCGGAGUCGACGCUAGAUGUAGAUGAACCAAUGUGAAAUGUGGAUGCUAUUGGUUCUCUUGACUGUUAUUUCCCCUAUCUUAUGCAAAAUUUGUAACUAAUUCUAGUGUGAGUUUUAAGUAACUUGUUGCAUGCUUACUACCUUAACUGUUUUAUCAGAUACUACCGUACUCUAGUUGUCAUAAAGUUCUAAUCCCCGUGUCCGUUCAUAAUCUUGCCUGAAUACCGAGUGUUGAACUGCAACCUUAAGAUGUUCUGGAUUGUAAAAGCUGGUCCCUUUUAGAUAAGGUAGAGCGGAGUCUGUUGAAUGUGGGAUUGUUAAAAGCUGGGUGAUAAAGGCUGUAAUCUUCUACUAUGAUUCACAUUGACAUCCUGCAAUUUGAUGUCUCCAUGCUAGAGCUUAAUUUUGAGGCA